CAGGACCCCUCACCGCUGUCCCACGAUGAUAAAUUGAGGAUGGUGGAAGGAACGGAUGCCCCUCUGAGGAACAUUUCUACCGCAAACCGGGACAGCAAGUAUCUCUUUCCCUGGGUGGUGACUUUACUCUCAUGUGUUCUCAUCACUACCAUCAUAGUAGACGUACUGGGCAACCUGUUGGUCAUUGUGUCUGUCUUCAGAAACCGAAAACUCAGGAAGGCAGGCAAUGCCUUUGUGGUGAGUUUGGCGAUAGCAGAUCUGGUAGUGGCCAUCUACCCGUACCCACUGGUCUUAACUGCAAUCUUCCAUGAUCGCUGGAUCGCCGGUGAUAUUCACUGUCAAAUCAGCGGCUUCCUAAUGGGUCUGAGCGUCAUCGGCUCCAUUUUCAACAUCACAGGUAUUGCCAUAAACCGCUACUGUUACAUCUGCCACAGCCUUAAAUACGACAAGCUCUUCUCCAACAAAAACACAGUGUUUUACGUCAUCUUGGUCUGGAUCCUGACCAUCCUGGCAAUCGUCCCGAACUGGUUCGUGGAGUCCCUGCAGUACGACCCACGGGUCUAUUCGUGCACCUUCGCCCAAUCAGUGAGCUCGCUCUACACCAUCACAGUGGUGGUGGUCCACUUUAUUCUGCCCAUCAGUAUCGUCACAUACUGCUACCUGCGCAUCUGGAUCCUUGUUAUACAGGUGCGCAAACGGGUCAAGCCAGACAGCCGGACCAAGAUCAAGCCUCAUGACAUCAGAAACUUUCUGACCAUGUUUGUUGUGUUUGUGCUCUUUGCCGUCUGCUGGGCUCCUCUGAACUUCAUAGGCUUGGCGGUGGCAAUCCACCCCAGACUGGGCCAGUCCAUACCCGAGUGGCUCUUUACAGCUAGUUAUUUCAUGGCGUACUUCAACAGCUGUCUAAAUGGUGUUGUAUAUGGAGUGUUGAACAAUAACUUUCGAAAGGAGUAUAAACGGAUUGUACUUGCUAUUUUCAAGUUCCAAUGUUAG